AUCAUCUGCGCUAACAAGCUAGCAACCACACUGAAGCUAACGGUUCUUGUGUGUUGCUUAGCAACCACCCUGUUUGGCAGCUAGUCCAUUGGCAGUAAAAUAAUACAGUCAAAUGUUUUCAUGUUAUUUGAGUUAGUUAAAGUCUAUGAUUAAAAUAACAGUGUGUUGAUUUGUAGGCUCACGUCGACGGUAUUUGCCGAAAUUACGUUGCUACGUAAGAAUUAUUUUACUUUUUUUGCGCAAACGCCGCUCUCCUGCGUGGACCUAUAACUACGGCUCUCCUCCCUUUUUGUCCCCCAUUCAUGAAGCAUCGUCCCCCGGAGAGAUGCGUCGACGUACACCGUAGACCCCCCCUCACGGAGCGGGUGCCUGGCCCUUUAAGGGUUAUGUAGCAGGGCUAGCUGAUGUAGGACGAGCCGAGCGUGUGUCCGCCUGCCUGCGCUCCCUCUGCCAUCCCCAUCAUGGCCUCCACACAGCCACCACCGACACCACCGAGGAUGAACCGACCAGCCAGCGGCCCUUCCCUUCCCGGAGCGGAGACGGACGUCAAGCCGAAGCAGAGGCACCGGUAGAGGCGAGCCGCGCCGGGGAGAGCCGCCUCACAUCCCAUGCCACCCCGGUCUCCUCCAUGCCUUCGUCUAAAGCCAAGUACAGCUAUUCGAUAAAGAGGGGUGCGAACCCGGGCGGCGGCGGCGGCGGCAGCGGCGGCAGAAACAUGACAACGAACCGGGAUUAUUCUGUUAAUCUGUCGGUGCAGCAAGUGCUGAGCCUUUGGGCGCACGGCACGACGCUGCAGCACUUCACAGAGAUGUGGUACUGGGUGUUCCUCUGGUGUCUCUUCUCCUCGCUCUUCGUCCACGGGGCCGUGGGGCUGCUCAUGUUGGUCAUGCUGCAGCGCCACAAGAGGGGCCGCCUCAUCACCCUGGUGCUGGUCAGCGUGGGUUUCCUGGCCUCCCUCUCCGGGGGCGUCAUCACCAGCGCGGCGGUGGCGGGGGUGUACCGGGUGGCAGGGAAGGACAUGGCACCGCUGGAGGCUCUGGUGUUCGGCGUGGGCCAGACCACCCUCUCCGUCAUCAUCUCCUUCUCACGCAUCCUCGCCACCCUGUGAAGGAAAAAAAAAAGGAAAAACCCUGGACGAGCUGAAGGACAGACGCUGAGAGCGAACGAGACUGUCGAGCUCAUCAUUUGUGGAGGGCAGAGGAGGCGGGAAAUGCUCUGGACCUUUGAGGCUGGAUGCAGGAGAGAGCGCCCCCCGGUGUCUCUGCUCUGUUACUGCCACAAUCACACCGCAGUCCAGAGGGAACUCAAUGCAGACCGGCCUGUCUUUGUGUCGGAGAGCGGCACCAGGCGGAGACGGCGCCAUCCUCAGCCUCUGGACACGAAAGCCAUGUUUGGGGGUGUUUCCAGAGUAACAUCACUGUUUCGUGCCAACAGCCUUCUCUGGGACACCCAGAUGCCUUUGUGGCCACUGACUCUGAAGGCUUUCCGUUGCACUUGUAGGGGGGAAAAAUAAACCCCUGUUUUCUUCUGAUGAUGAUCUGAUGAUCAGCGACAGAACAAAAAGUCGAGCAGUGAGGGGUGUUUGAGGGAGUGAAGACCCCAAAACAGUGUUCAUCAGCAAAAAAACGCUGUUCUUCAGUGUUAAACAUCAGCCUCACCUCCAGAUUAUCAUCAUCAUCAUCAUCAUUCCUGUUCCUGAAAUGUUUCAGAGCUGCAUCAGCCAACUCACGAGCGAGAUGCAACUUUGCAGCAAGUUUUGCACUUUGUAAACGUCGGCGUCGCUCUUUGUGAGCCGGAGAGGUGUGGAAUCAGUAGAAGUGGAGGAGAAAACCAGCAUCAGCUUCAUUUGGUUCGUCUUGUUGAAAUAUUGAUCCGUCGAGUGCCAACAAGAACUCUGAGUGGAGUUAAAGGAAUAUUUUGAUACGCCGUGAAGUAUGUUUAUUGGAUUUCUUGCUGAGAGUGAAAUGAGAAGAUGCCACUCUCAUGUCUGAUCGGUGAAUGUGAAGCUACAGGCAGGAGACGGUUAGAUUAGCUUAGCAUAAAGACUGGCAACAAGGUGAAAAAGUUGGCCUGGCUCUGUCUAUAAGUAACACAUUGUCGUCUUAGCACCUCAGAACAGGGCCUGAUGCUAAUACUAAAUGUGAUAUAGAUGUAUAGAGCGACCCAUCACUAAUCACUGUCACAACAGCAAACUGAAACCAGCGCUGACUCCAGCAAAGUGCGACUUCUUAUGCUGUUACUAUAGUUACUAUCACUGGCUGACUAACUCGCCGCCCCCUGAUGAUGCUACAUAGAGAACAAUUAAAAUCAGCAGGAGAAGAGCUAGUGAGCUGUUAGCUGUUAGCUUGGCUACCUGAGCGUGCAGCUAACAGAGCUAAACACACAGCAGGACAGAAAUUUUCUGUUUGGAGAAAUGUUCGCACUAAAUGAGUGUCCUGAAAUACUCCAGCUGCGUACAGUUUAGAAGUUAAAAUACAUUAAACUAACAGCUUUUGAUGAGAAUGACCAAGUAAAGAAACAACAUUUUGAUUUUGGGACAGUUUUUGACUCACCUUGAGAUGUCAAAAAUGUUUUUUGGUUUGGUCUUUGGUUGUGAAAAAUGUAUUUAUUAAGUUCUCAUUUUUACACUUGAUUUUAGCUAUAACAUGUCAAUCAAUGAGCAUUAGAGUGGCCAGUCAGUGGAGUUUCCAGUCUUUAUGCUAAGCUAAGCUAACCGUCUCUGCUUCCAGCUUCAUGUUACACAUACAGACAUGAGAGCUGGACGAGCCCUGACACGUGUUUCAGUUUUGCGUUGAGCAGCUUUGAUCCAGAUCCGGUUCGUGCCGGAGUUCCUCUCGUUCAGGUUUUAAAGAAAGACACUGUGGUUAUAAAAAAAAAAAAGGGUUGUUGUGCUGCUCGAGAGUCAGCUCUGAUACAUACUCAGACAAACUGUGUGUCUGUGAGUCCUGGUGCAGACUUCCUGUAAUAAUGUUGGAAUCCAGCCUUCCUCGGCCCGCCGUAGUGUUCCUAACAUCGUCUGCACCGCGACACUUCCCCUGUGGAAAGACAUCCAGACAGAUUCUGCUGCUCAGACAGCCAUUCUUCUAUGGCUCCCUCUUUUUCUUUUGUUUCCUUUAUCAACCCAUGUUCCUUAAGUUUAUCUUUGCAUAUUGCACUGAGAUUAAUCUGCCUUGUUUUAGCACAGUGUGCGAUGAAACUACCACUCCAGUGUUCACUGUAUGUAACACAGAGGUCAGCGAUACGAGACGCCGAUCUUCUUGUUCUGGUGAAUCAAACUGUAAAAGAUCGUCUGUGAAGAAAUGUGAUGACUACUGAUUUCACUCAAACUGGUUUACUGUUCUUAACUGAGACUGUUAAAGGACGAGUUCACCCAAAAAAUGAAAGUUUGAGCUUUAUUGACCUACUCUCAUCGCUGAUUGAAAGUCAGGGGACGUUUCUUAGUCCACAAGAUAUUUCUGAAGCUUCACAGCAAAACAGUGUUGCAGCAUUCAUCUAAACAACUGAGCUAGUCAGGGACUUCUGUUAAAGCGUAGGUUACAACUGAAAAGAAAACUUAAAGAUGCUCCAUACUGCUUGUCGGGCUUAAUCCAAGUCUCCAGAGGCCCUGAGAUCCCAAAUUUAAUUGAUAAGACGCAAUAUACAUUUUUUUUUUUAUUUGCCGAGAUCUUCUCUGUAGCUGCUAAGCUAAAAGUGUGAGCAUGCAUCCCACCUGAAAGUGUGAAUAAAGUCUCUUCAGAUCAAUUUUGGAUCUCAGAGCUUCAGGAGACUUGGGUUACACUGCUUCACUCCAUCUACUUCAGUUGUUUAGGAGGACGCUGCAGCUCUGUUUCGCUGUGAAGCUCCAGAAAUGUUUUGUGGACGAUGCAACUUUCCCCUGAAUUUCCAUCAGCAUGAGGGUGAGUACUGUUGGUAAUGCCUGACCUUUCAUUUUUGGAUGAACUUCCCCUUUAAAGAAUUGUAGAAACACUGGUUUUAUUUAGGUUUUAACACUCAGUACUUGGCCCUUAAGUCCUCCUGAAAUUCAAACAGAUUGUCUUGUGCAGGGUGAGAGCUUGAAAUGCCAAAGUACCGCUCACAUUCUAGCUUUAUUUAACACGUUUGUCUCAUUUUGAUCGACAUCGCAGCCCCGAUUUAUUAAUUUUCAUUUAGUUUUAGAAACAUUUGCACAUUGGCACCCCCAAAAAAAACCCCAAACCCCACAGCUGAUAUGAAUCUAACAGAAGUAACUGAUGUUUGUUUGUGUCGUUAGGUGUGUGGUUCUGUGGCUCUAAAGGUAAACAGUGUAUUUAUAGGAGUUAUGUAAUCGAUGUGGCUCACCUUCAGUACCGGCUGAGCGCACCAGAGGGCGAUGUUGCACAGAAAUGAAGCGGCAGCAUGAGACUGAAUGCCUGAAAUGAUUGUGGAGUGUUUUGAUACAGAAAUUUCUACACCUGAACCCCCCCCACAAAACAAAUCUGUAAAAUCAGAGAUAAAUCACCUGAAUCCCUCUGUCAGCGCUCUGCACAUCGUCCACAUGUCGCCCGUUUGAAUGUUUUUUCGCUCAAUUUCAGGGACCAAAUGUGAGUUGCUGCUGAUGACUCACCUGCUGUCAAAGCAAUGAUAUCUCUGUGAAGCUGUUCGCAGGGGCAGUUUCUGCACGUUUCGUGUGUGUGCGUGUGUGUGUGUGUAGGAGACCUGUGAGUGUCGUCGUGUUCGGUGUCGAGUAGUAGAAACAGGAUGUGGAUUUUUAUUUUUCUCUCAUUAGCCGGGGUUGUUCGCAUUCUUCAGCCGACCCCCGAAGCUUCAGAAAAAGGGUCGAGGGGCCUAAUUGUAAGGGACAGAGGAGCAGCUCGCUGAGCAGACGUCUUACGUAACAUGUCAGAGACCUUUUUUUUAAAAAUUAUUUUGAAGUUGCUAGAUGAGUGCACUUACUGUACAUCCUGAGCUGUAUAUAGGUUGUAACCAACAAACUAACCACUGGAUAGUAUUUUGAUAUUCACACAGUCGGAGGAUUCACACUCAGUGCCAUGAUCGCUCCUGAUGAAUAUUGUUUUUUCUUUUUUUUCUGUGAUUCAGCUGGCUGUGUGAUCCUGUAUGUGUGUGUGUGUGCGUGUGUGUGUGCUGCAAUAUCUUAAGGAGACACCCAGCAGCUAAUAAUCCCCUCCAAAAAUGCCAUCGCACAUCGCAGCGAGACGCUCAGCUCAGUAAUCUUGUCUCUUUUCACAGGCUUUUAAGUUAAAAAGCUGCCCCCCCCCCCCAUUCAGUCUACUGUCGUCCCAAAAUGCCACAGAUUCUCCCCCCGGACACAUACUGUGUACCCGCUGCAACCCGCAUGUGCAGCGCAGCUCAAGACAACGUGUGAAUGGGACGAUAUGGACAAUCCAACAAGAGACAAUGUUGUAAAAAAAACAAAAACAAAACAAAACAAAAAAAACCCAAAGUGGCACAUGUAGAUACUGUACAAUAUGUUCUUUUUUAAUUUUGUACCAGCCGAGCCGCUGAUAUUUAUAACUAUUGCCUAUUUAUGUACAAACUCUUCUCCUGUACAUACUCAACUGUCAGUUGAAAUAAAAAAUCUUUUGCAGUAUAAAACA